CCUAACCCCUAUAUUAUCGACCAACUUUGGCCUUUUUCUGUUGAUGAAUUUAUCUCCAGCUAAUAUUUGCACGCUUGCAAAUAAGGGCAGCUUCACUUCUUCGCAGUAUAUCCCGGACUCGCAUAUUCACCUUUAUAUUUUCUCACACACCGCCUUUAAAACAUUCAAAAAAGACAAUAAUGUCCUCGUCGGCGCAACGCAAGGCGCCAUGGGACCGCAGCACCAAGUACUGGUGCCAGUACUGCCAGAUCUUUGUGCACGACAACAAAUCAAGUCGGGAUAUGCAUGAGCGUGGGGCGAAGCAUAAAGAAUGCGUGCAAAAGUAUCUUCGCAAGAUCGAAACCGAUUCAAAGGAAAAGCGGGAAGCAGAAGAGAAGCUGCGCUCGGAUCUGGACAAGAUCGAGCGCGCGGCAAUGCUCAGCUACAACAGGGACAUUGGCAACAAGGGCGAAGCUCCCAAGGCAUCCGCAGCUGACGAGAAACCCAGCGUAAGCGCAAAGGAUGAAAAGAAGGGCCACGCAGAGUCUAGCGAGCCGGACGUGCAGGACAAGUCCAACCAAAGGGCAGACGAUGCUGGCAUUGUUGGCGCGUGGGAGGUUGUCGAAGAGCCAGAGCCGGCGGCAGAAGUGCGGCCGGAGCGUAAGGCUGCGCGCUCUGGGUCGAGUGUCGGUCGGAGGAUCCAUUUGUCGCGAUAUGAGGGUACGCAGGGAGUGAAGCGGAGCGGCGCAGGGGUGCUCGACGAUGCGGAUGGGAAUAAUCCGCAACGGCUGAGCCAGUUUGAAAUUAAGGAGAAGACAGUAGCAUCUGGUGCCAUCAAGAUCGGCAACAUCAACAAUGAUGGUGCUGAGGAGGACCCGGCCGCAAUGGGUGCACUGUUUAAGAAGCGCCGGACCGCGGCAAACAGGACCACUGCGCGCAAACAGCACAAACCCAUGUGAGGGGCCAACUUGUACAU